UAUAGUGUAUAGUGUAGUUAUAAAUAAUCUCUAAAUGAUAAGCUCUUAUCAUGAGUCUUAUUGGUGCAAGUGGACAUCUCGUAAUAGCCUAAUGAUUAUACACUAAGUAUUUGUUAUGAUAAACUGCUAGACAUUACUAUACUUUGCUAUUUUAAUUUAAAAAUACAUACAUGAGUGAUAGAACGAAAUAUGAGUCAAUCGUUUAGUAAUUCAACCAGUGUUUAUUACAAUAUGGAUUACCAGUACACAUCUAUUCAAAACAAAGAUAAUGAUGGAGACAAAAUGCAAGGAAGUCAAAGGGUAGUAAUGUUCUGCCUGCUAACAACUGUAUUGCCCGCAAUAUUAAUUAUUUCACCAUUAUACCUCAGAAACAUUACAUAUGCUGAUGUAAUGUACAAAGUGUCAGACUCUGAUGUAAUACAGAUACAUAAAGGACAAUCAUCAAUAUUUUGUGAAAAACAUUCCAUAAAAAUGAACAGUACCUUUAAUGCAUUCCAAAUGAAAGGAAAACCUAAACUAGCUAGUAACAGGAGACAUAUAAGAUUAAGAAAAUCUAUGACUCUACCUGAUGAUACUCUAGAGUAUUGGGGGUUCUAUCUUUUUGCUGGAGCUACUGUUGAGUUAAAAUCUUGUUCCAGGUAUGAUGGCUCAAAACUAUUGGUUGUGAAAGGUGAUAAAAUAUUUGAUACAUGUGGCAUUUUAGAUGGUAAAAACAAAAGAGAUCCCUUGGUAGUUGAAAAUAGUGGACAUGUUUCAGUAACUUUGGAAAAUCCCAAAGAGAUAAAAACAGAAAUAAUUGGAGAUGUACAUAACCAAAAUAAAGUAUGGUUUAGUGAUUAUGUAUCAGAUAAUGAUAAGAAAACUAAACAUAAACGAGAUGCACAACCUUUGCACAAACCAAACACAGUAUUAGAUACGGGUGUUAAUCAUGGAGGAAAUGCUAUCAACAACUCCAUAGUACCCACAGAAGAUAAAUCUGUAUCAAGUUUCGAGAACAGUUUAUAUGAAUGCUAUAAUGACAAUAUAUUAAUGAAUGAUUUUUUCCCAUAUUCAAUACAAUGCAACAAUACGAAGUAUUUAGAGGAGACAACCACAUUGAAAGUUGUCCAUGAAGUUACAUCAGAUGGAUAUUAUUAUUAUGUUUUCUAUAGUGAUAAUGACUUUGUAAAUAACGAUAUUCACGCAAUUUUUGAUAUUUUUAAACCCACAUUCCAAUACUCUAAUAUAUCUAACUCCAAAAUGUGUCUGAACAAUACAGAAUGUGUAUUUGACGUAGAGAUAUUUAGUGAUGAAUUAGUAAUUGUUGAGGUUCCAACAAGAGAUGGUUUAAAUAAUAAUGACGAUAAUGAAUUUAUACUUACAUCUGUCUGUCAUCCUCGAAUAUCUGUUUAUAUUUUCUUUCCAAUUUCAGUACUGUUACUUAUUCUAAUUUUUGCAUUUUUAUGAUAUUUAUUGUUAGUAUUUGUUUACAUUUUGUUAAUUAAGAUAAAUGUAUCUAGAAGUGUGAUAUUAGUUUAUUAAAAUAGGUGUAGGUAUAUAUUUUUAAUCUUGUUCAUUGAGUACCUAUCUGCAUAAUAUUAAGACUGUGACGAUAUUUUUGCGUAGUAAGGAUCUAUUUAAUGUUAAUACUUUUAAAGAGAUUUAAAUAUCAUUAUAAUACCUGGUUAUAUAAUUAAA